AUGGAGAGUACGCUUAAGUCCUUCAGAGAUGGUGAGUCGGUGCUGGACCUUAGCCCGAGAUCCUGCGUUGGUGGCGGUGUUGAGGAUGUCUACGGCGAGGAUCGUGCCACCGAGGAUCAACUCGUCACCCCUUGGACUUUCUCUGUUGCAAGUGGCUACUCUUUGAUGAGAGAUCCACAAUACAACAAAGGGCUUGCUUUCACUGAGAAAGAGAGGGAUGCACACUAUUUGCGUGGCCUCUUACCUCCUGUUGUCAGCACCCAGCAACUUCAGGAGAAGAAACUUAUGCAUAACAUCCGUCAAUACGAGGUUCCCUUGCAAAAGUAUAUGGCCAUGAUGGACCUUCAGGAGAGGAAUGAAAGACUGUUUUAUAAACUUCUUAUCGAUAAUGUUGAAGAAUUACUCCCAAUUGUAUAUACACCCGUCGUUGGCGAGGCUUGCCAGAAAUAUGGGAGCAUAUUCAAGCGUCCUCAGGGUCUCUACAUUAGUUUGAAAGAAAAGGGUAAAGUUCUUGAGGUUUUGAAGAACUGGCCAGAAAGGAGCAUUCAAGUUAUUGUUGUAACAGAUGGUGAACGGAUUUUGGGACUCGGGGAUCUCGGAUGCCAGGGUAUGGGAAUUCCUGUUGGUAAAUUGGCUUUGUACUCGGCACUAGGAGGAGUUCGUCCUUCAGCAUGUUUACCGAUUACAAUUGACGUGGGGACAAAUAAUGAGAAACUACUGAAUGAUGAGUUUUAUAUUGGCCUUAGACAAAGGAGGGCAACUGGGAAGGAGUAUUAUGACCUUCUGCACGAGUUCAUGUCUGCGGUGAAACAAAACUACGGCGAAAAAGUGCUUGUUCAGUUUGAAGAUUUUGCAAAUCACAAUGCUUUUGAGUUGCUUGCGAAAUACGGUACAACUCAUCUAGUUUUCAACGACGAUAUACAGGGAACUGCAUCUGUUGUUUUAGCUGGAGUUGUAGCAGCCUUGAAGCUCAUUGGCGGUACCCUACCUGAGCAUACAUUCCUCUUCCUUGGUGCUGGAGAAGCGGGAACUGGUAUAGCCGAGUUAAUUGCUCUUGAGAUGUCAAAGCAGACUAAAGCACCUAUUGAAGAGAGUCGAAAGAAGAUAUGGCUCGUAGAUUCAAAGGGUUUAAUUGUUAGUUCGCGGGUGGAUUCACUUCAACACUUCAAGAAGCCCUGGGCUCAUGAACAUGAACCUGUUAGCACUCUCAUUGAGGCCGUUAAGAUGAUCAAGCCUACGGUUCUGAUUGGAUCAUCUGGAGUAGGAAAAACAUUUACAAAGGAAGUAGUUGAAGCUAUGACAGCAAACAAUAAGAUUCCUCUCAUUUUGGCUCUUUCCAAUCCAACCUCACAGUCUGAGUGUACAGCCGAAGAGGCAUACCAAUGGAGUGAGGGCCGUGCAAUUUUCGCUAGCGGAAGUCCAUUUGAUCCUGUUGAAUACAAAGGCAAAGUUUAUUAUUCUGGCCAGGCCAACAAUGCUUAUAUUUUCCCAGGCUUUGGUUUGGGUUUAGUAAUGUCGGGAGCGAUCCGAGUACACGAUGACAUGCUUCUAGCAGCAUCGGAAGCGUUGGCGAAGCAAGUGACAGAAGAGAACUACAAAAAGGGCUUGACUUAUCCACCUUUCUCUGAUAUCAGAAAAAUCUCAGCCAACAUAGCUGCAAAUGUUGCUGCCAAGGCAUAUGAGCUAGGCUUGGCUACGCAUCUUCCUCGUCCUCAGGAUCUUGUCAAGUAUGCUGAGAGUUGCAUGUAUUCGCCUUUAUACCGCAACUAUAGGUGA